CAUUUAAGUCCGUUUGCAAUGUCGGUAACGUUUUUCGUAGAUCACAGCAACGCGUCAACCGCCGUGGUGUUGUAAUUCUAAAGCAAACCACAACAACAACAACAACAAACUCUCCAUCAUCUCUCAUUAGCAUAUUCUUCGUAUCUUCUAGGGUUUCUUUCGCGCCUUAUUUCUACAGAUUCAACCGCCUGCACUUGAAUCUCGCUCACCGGAGCUGCCAGAUCUAACGUUGAUUAUUCAUAUUCAUACUCAUACUCUCGCCAAUUGAUUUUUUCCUUGAGAUCGUAUAGUUCAGAUUUAGAGGAAGUGAGUGAGGCGGGGAGGAUUUGGAUAAUGAAACAAGGGAUGAUAGAAUGCAGUGUCUGUCAUUCCAAGUUGGUGAAUCCGUAUGCAAAAACAGUAUCUAAGGCUUAUGAUCGACACAGGAGCAAGUUUUCGAAAAAGCAACGGGCCCUCAAUGUUCUCUUGGUUGUUGGUGACUGCAUGUUAGUUGGCUUACAGCCAAUUUUGGUGUACAUGUCCAAGGUUGAUGGAAAAUUCAAAUUUAGCCCUGUCAGUGUUAACUUUCUGACCGAAUUUGCAAAGGUCAUCUUUGCAAUUGUAAUGCUUCUAAUACAGGCUAGAAAUCAGAAAAUUGGAGAAAAACCACUUCUUUCUGUCUCCAGUUUUGUACAGGCAGCUCGCAACAAUGUGCUUCUUGCUGUUCCGGCAUUCCUCUAUGCUAUUAAUAACUAUCUUAAGUUCACCAUGCAGCUUUAUUUUAAUCCUGCAACUGUAAAGAUGCUUAGCAAUCUAAAGGUCUUAGUGAUUGCGGUUCUGUUAAAGAUAGUAAUGAAGCGUCGAUUUUCAAUAAUUCAGUGGGAGGCUCUUGCUCUGUUGCUUAUUGGAAUUAGCAUAAAUCAGAUGCGUUCGUUACCCGAGGGAUCUACUGCAAUGGGGCUUCCAGUUGCAAUGGGUGCUUAUAUAUACAUGUUUAUUUUUGUUACUGUGCCAUCUAUGGCAUCAGUUUUUAAUGAAUAUGCAUUGAAAAGCCAAUACGAUACAAGCAUUUACAUGCAGAAUUUAUUUUUGUAUGGAUAUGGUGCUAUAUUCAACUUCUUGGGGAUCAUUGUAACCGUCAUUAUCAAAGGACCCGAAAGCUUUGAUAUUUUGCAAGGACACUCAAAAGCUACAAUGCUUUUAAUUAUAAAUAAUGCAGCUCAAGGAAUUUUAUCUUCGUUUUUCUUCAAAUAUGCUGAUACGAUUUUGAAAAAGUAUUCUUCAACAGUCGCUACAAUCUUCACAGGCUUCGCGUCUGCGGCUUUGUUUGGUCACAAACUGACUAUAAAUUUUAUGCUCGGAAUAUCCAUUGUUUUCAUCUCAAUGCAUCAGUUUUUUUCGCCUCUUGCAAAAGUUAAGGAAGAAGAAAAUGGGGUAUUGGAGUUGGAGCAAGUUCAGAGCAAUCAUAGGGACACAUUCGUAAAUAUAGCAGCAGGGGCAAAUGAAGAGGCUAGUCAUCGUGUAGAAUCUGAUGAAAGAAGGCCGCUUCUUCCUACUUAACUUGAAUUCGGAGUAUGUUCUUUCAAGUAUUUUUCUGGCUCUGUUUGUGGAGGGUACAGAAGAUUCUAAUUAUCAAAAGAAAAAAAAAUCUGUUACGCGGUGUGGUGGUAUUAUGGUCAUUGUGGAUAUCGCUAAAAACGUAUACUCCAACAACCAAUGAAAAGACAAUCUUAAAUAGUCAGUGAAUUGCCUUUAUUUUUUAGACUUCACGUCAUCGUAUACGCGUUAAGAAGAUAGAAAAAUCAGCAAUUUAUUUGUAUUGUUCACUGAGUUUAGAACAUCCAUCAAUUCAAAUUUUGUCAGCAGUUUAUGGUUGUGUGUAAAUCUAGGAAGAAUUACAAGAAUUUUGGAUGUGUAAUAUGGGCUUUACCUAUGUGAACUUGAACUUCAUUUUGAUGACAUUAUAAUAAGAAAAUGUUUUAUUGUGGCA